AUGGCUGUAGGAACUGUUCUGAUCACCGGUGGCACGGGAUACAUCGGAUCCUUCACCUCGCUCGCCCUCCUCCAGCAUGGCUACGAGGUCAUCAUCGUCGACAACCUGUACAACUCGUCCGAGGUGGCUCUUGAUCGCAUCGAGCUCAUCUGCGGCAAGCGCCCGACCUUCCACAAGGUCGACCUGACCGACAAUGAAGGCCUCGAGAAGGUCUUUGCCGCACACCCAGGCAUCGACAGCGUCAUUCACUUCGCCGCCCUCAAGGCUGUCGGUGAAUCUGGCGAGAUCCCCCUCGAGUACUACCGCGUGAACGUCGGUGGUACCAUUUCCCUCCUGGGCGCGAUGAAGAAGCACAAUGUCACCAACAUCGUCUUUUCCUCCUCCGCGACUGUGUACGGAGAUGCCACGCGCUUCGAGAACAUGAUUCCCAUCCCCGAGCAUUGCCCCAUCGGCCCGACGAACACGUACGGCCGGACCAAGGCCAUAGUCGAGAACAUCAUCGAGGACUUCAUCACUGCGCAGCGUCAGAACCUCGAGAAGGCAGGCCAGCCGUUUGAGCAAUGGAACGGUGCCAACUUGCGCUAUUUCAACCCAUGCGGUGCUCAUCCUAGCGGUAUUAUGGGCGAGGACCCGCAAGGCGUCCCGUAUAACCUGCUACCGUUACUGGGCAAGGUUGCAACUGGCGACCGGCCAAAGCUGUUGGUCUUUGGCGACGACUACCCGUCCCGAGACGGCACCGCCAUCCGUGAUUACAUCCACGUCGUUGACCUCGCCAGGGGCCACUUAGUUGCCCUAAACUAUCUCCGAGAGCACAAACCCGGCGUCAAAGCAUGGAACCUGGGUUCCGGACGAGGCAGCACAGUGUAUGAGAUCAUCAAUGCAUUCAGCAAGGUCGUGGGCCGGAACUUGCCGUACGAGGUGGUACCGCGACGACAGGGCGAUGUGCUGGAUCUGACGGCGAACCCGACGCGGGCGAACAAGGAGUUGAACUGGAAGACAGAGAUCCCCAUGGAGAAGGCGUGCGAGGACCUCUGGAGGUGGGUGUCGAACAACCCUAAGGGGUAUCGACAAGAACCUCCGGCCGAGCUGUUGGCCGCCAUUAAGGGUAAUUGA